GAGGAUACUCAAAGUUCCGGACUGGCAUCCAUCCACACACCGCUUUCGAGAUAUGCAGCCCUGAAACAAGCUCAGCGCACCCGGCAAAUAUGCCUCGUUCCUCCGCUUCUCUUCUUCUUCCCGGUGUGUGUCGAUCGCAAACGAGCCGCCUUAUCUAAUCUAGUCGAGCGCGAAUUUCCAAUGCCAUGGCACGUGACAAAUGGGCCCUGACUGACUGAAUCGCAUGAGUCAAGACGGCCCUGCCCUGUGACGUCUCCAGGGAUCGCGCGGGAUUUGCCGGAUAUGUCGCCAUGCUUCCGUCGGAGGUGAAACUCGACCGAUGCGUUGCCGAGCGUGUGCCGGUGUCGGGAACAUCGUGCUUGCAGAGGGGCUACUUAGAGCCCGUGUGGGAGGGGACACAACACACCGCGGGUAAGGGGGGCAGGCCACACGCAGACCUCGCUAAGUAUCGGGAUUACGUGGGGGGGAGGCGGUAUCUGCGCAUGACUCACCCACUGAUGCUCUGACGUGAUCUCGCUUUCCUUUUUCGGCGCUUCAGGCCAGAUUUUGUUGUCCCAGGACCAGUGUAAAAUACCAGUCCCGGUUGUUCGAUUUUCCGAUGUCUGUCUGUCACAGCAGCUGCAACAAUCGCGGUGGAUGAUAUGAAAUUAGGCGCGUCGUGUGUGCCAGGCAAUUGGUCAUCGCUGCUACAGCCGUCAAGACGACGUGCAUGUCUGUCUGUACAGAUCGACUCGCCCCUUGCCCCGCCCAAACAGGGCGCUUCACAGAUCCCAGCACGUCUGAUCACAUCAGUGAUGGGGUCCCACGGUAGCAUCCGACCCGACCUCCCAUGUCCAACCGCUGAACACCGGUCUCGAACGCCUGCUGACGUCCGAAGCAGCACACUCCAGGGCGUCAGUUCCCCCCAGGCAUCCGUCACACACGCCCAUCCGUUUCAGCGCGCGACGUUUCAUUGUUCGUGCGUGCGUUCGUUCUGAGGCAGUGAGGGGACUCAGGGGAGGGCAGGCCCGCUUCGAAUUCUCACAGGCGCGUGGCUGAGACACGCCAUACCACUUGCCAAUGCGCUGCUGCUGCUGCUUCUCCGGUGUGUGUGCAUCCGGGUUGCGCGGCUGUCAGUGUCGCUGGGCGUAAGUAUGCUGUGCGCUGGGGCAGUAGUAGUAGUAUGGCGUGGUGGUAGGGCAUCUGCGACUGCACCCUGCACCCUGCUCGUCGCGCCUUCGUGCGGCGCGUCGUCGUCUAGAGAACGGAGCUGCGCGCGCUACGCACCGUCUUCGCUUAGCUUAUCGCGCGGGGGGAGAGAUGCAGCGCACGAAUUGGACGCAGGGGCGUGUACAUUGUACAGCAUACUAUGUUCAUCGAUAUCGACGAUCAACCGACUCGGAAGAUCCUCUCCUCCAUCAAAGGGGUUGCUGUUGCCGUCUUGGGACUAGACGCUGAUUCGCACAUCACGAUUACAUACUUAUGCUCACCCGUUGUUGAACGCCGAUCUCUUUGAUGCACACA